UCCUCUCCUCCCCCACUGAGACCUCCAAACUGUAUCCCUGCGCCCACUUUGUCUCCCAUCACUCUGGUCCAAGGGGUCCCAGAGGUUUUUCCUCCAAUUGUCUCACUGUCAUCUCUUUCCCUCCUGGACUGAGGGAUCCCACCUUUUACCUGACCUUCCACAGAGUCACACUGCUCUGAAGGUACCUACCUGCACUUUUUUGACUCUUCAACCUAUUUCUUGGGACACGGCUCAAGAUGCCAGAGCCCACAAAGAAAGAUGAGAUGCCAAAUGGCCAGCCAGAAGAAACCAUUGCCCCAGAAAGUAACGGUGCCCCGCCCCUACCUGAGAUUUCUCUGGAGGUUUCCCCCCCCCCAGAUGAUGAUGCUCCUGCAGCCACUAGCCCAUCCCCAACACCCCCAGCAGAAGACGGCAAUUCACUCAAGAAACUGUCAGUUGAGCUGCCUAAUGAUAGCGUCCCUGUGCCAGCCAUGGGGAGAAAAGACUCAGUGUGGUCUCUGGGAGAGGGUCAGCCCCCAGAGGACCUGGACAAGCCUAUCGACACCCCACCACUGUCCACCCUACUCAUAGAGAAACCCCAGAGUGGCACGGUUGCUUUGGGUGGAGACAUCACCUUUGUUGCCAAAGUGGAGGCUAAAGAUCUUCUCCGUAAACCCACUAUCAAGUGGUUUAAAGGAAAAUGGAUGGAUCUGGCCAGCAAGACAGGGAAGCACUUACAGCUGAAAGAGACCUUUGACCGAUUCACAAAGAUCCACACAUUUGAGAUGCACAUCAUCAAGGCCAAAGAGAACUAUGCAGGAAAUUACAGAUGUGAGGUGACCUACAAGGACAAAUUUGACAGCUGUUCCUUUGACUUGGAAGUUAAAGAAACAGAACAGGGUUCCCAAAAUAUUGAUAUUCGAUCGGCUUUCAAAAGAAGCAGUGAAGGACAAGAAGAUGCAGGGGAGCUUGACUUUAGUGGUCUCCUUAAACAUAGAAAUCAAAGGGAGCCUAAACAGCAGGACGACACCCCAGAGGUGGACGUCUGGGAGAUCUUGAAGAAUGCCCGACCAGAUGAGUAUGAGAAGAUUGCAUUUAUGUAUGGUAUCACUGAUCUGAGGGGUCUGCUGAGGAGGAUGAAGAAGAUUCCCAAAGAGGAGAAGAAAAGCGAAGCAUUUGCAAAGAAACUGGAACCAGCAUAUCAAGUGGAUAAGGGAGGAAAGAUCCGCUUGGUGGUCGAUUUGGCCGACCCCACAGUUGACCUGAAGUGGUACAAGAACGGACAGGAAAUCAGGCCCACUCCCAAUCAAAGGAAGUAUAUUUUUGAGCAUAAGGGCACACAGAGGAUUAUGGUCAUCAACAACUGCACCAUGAAUGAUGAUGCAGCCUACUCUGUGGCUGCAGGAGAUGAAAAAUGCACUACAGAGCUUUUUGUAAAAGAGCUGCCAGUGAAGAUUGUUAAAGGUAUUGAGCCAGUGAAGACGACAGUAAAUGAGAGGAUUGAGCUGGAGUGUGAGGUGUCAGAGGAGGGCGCUCAAGUCAAAUGGAUGAAGAACGGAGUUGAGGUUCCCACAGGAGUUCGCUCUAGGUAUCGAGUAAAGUGCGAGGGAACCAAACACUUCUUGGUGAUCGAUGAUGCCUCCAGAGAGGACUCUGGGACAUACUCCAUCAUGGCCACUGGAGGCACAUCUGAGGCUCAUGUGCAGGUUGACUUGAAACCUCUGAAGAUCUACCAGGACCUGCAGAACAUGACUGUGAUGCUGGGUCAGCCCAUUAAGAUGCACUGUGAGAUUUACCCUGGCAAUGUCCCAGGACGUUGGUACAGGAAUGGACAGCUAAUCCAACCCAAUGAUCACAUCAAUAUCAUUCACAGAAAUAAGGUCCACCGACUUGAAAUUGAGACCAGUUCCCUUCAUGAUGCAGGAGAUUACACUUUUGUACCAGAGGGCUAUUCUCAAAGCCUCUCUGCAAAAAUUCAUAUAAUUGAUCCUCCAAGGGUGCAUUUAGACAGCUUGAACUUUCCCGACAACACUGUGAUAAUUGUGGCAGGAAACAAACUGCGUUUGGAGAUCCCCAUCAGUGGUGAACCAGCACCCAGGGUGGUGUGGAUGAAGGGAGAAAGGGUCAUUCUUGAGUCUGGCCAUCGUGUCCGAGCUGAGACUUAUGGGGACCAGACCAGCCUGACGAUUGAUAUCACAGAGCGUGAAGAUUCAGGGAACUACAAGAUAGUUCUGCAGAAUGAGGCUGGUGAAGCCACUGCCAGUGUCAAAAUCAAAGUUGUGGACAUCCCUGACCCUCCAGAUGCUCCCUUGGUCCCUGUGGUAGGUGGUGAUUGGUGUUCUAUGACAUGGGAAGCCCCAAAAUACGAUGGAGGUUCACCAAUUUUAGGGUACUUCAUUGAGAGAAAAAAGAAACAGAGCUCCAGGUGGAUGAGGCUUAACUUUGACCUGAUCAAGGAAACAUCUUUUGAACCCAAGAAGAUGAUUGAAGGGGUGCCUUAUGAAGUACGAGUCUUUGCAGUCAACGCCAUAGGUGUGUCCAAGCCCAGUGAUCCAUCCAAAGCCUUUAUUCCCCUGGCUGUGACCAGUGAACCCACCAUGCUGGUUGUGGAUGAUGUUACCGACACCACAGUGACAGUAAAAUGGCGUCCUCCUGAAACCAUUGGAGCUGCUGGUCUGGAUGGGUACUUAGUGGAGUACUGCAUCGAAGGAACUGAUGACUGGGUCGUAUCCAACAAGGAGUUGACAGAGAAGACCAAGUACACAAUCACUGGGCUCACCCCAGGGUCUAAAAUCCUAGUUCGGGUCAAAGCCAUCAAUGCAGCUGGAGCUAGUGCUCCACGAACCCUUCAGCACUCUAUCCUUGUCAAAGAGGUUGUUGAACCUCCCAAGAUCCGUGUACCUCGACACCUGAAACAGACAUAUACUCGCAGAGUUGGAGAGGCAGUUAAUCUUGUGGUGCCAUUUUUGGGAAAACCCAGGCCAAAGGUCACUUGGCUGAAGGAGGGCAAGCCCAUCGAGCCAUCCCAUGUUAGCAUCCGUAACACAGACUGUGAUAGUAUCAUCUUCAUCCGUAAAGCAGAACGCAGCCACUCUGGAAAGUAUGAGAUGACAGUACAGGUUGAAAACCAUGUGGAUACUGCAAUCAUCGACAUACAAAUAGUUGACCUACCUGAACCUCCCCAGUGUGUCACCAUUGAAGAUGUAUGGGGAGGAAAUGUAGCCCUGGUAUGGACACCCCCAAAAGACAAUGGCAAUGCACCAAUAACAGGCUACACCAUUCAAAAAGCAGACAAGAAGACAAUGGAGUGGUACACAUGCAUUGAGCACUACCAUCGCACUUGCAUCACGAUCACCGAGCUGGUGGUUGGGAAUGAGUACUUCUUCAGGAUCUUCUCAGAGAACAUGUGCGGCCUAAGUGAAACUGCCACUCAAACUAAAAAAAGUGCCCUCAUCGUGAAAGAAGGCAUGCAGGUCAAGACACCAGAAUACAGCGAUCAUGACUUCAAGGAGGCGCCAAAAUUCACGCAGCCACUGAUCAACACUUUUGCCAUCGCUGGUUAUAAUACUACUCUCAACUGUAGUGUCCGUGCUAACCCAAGGCCUAAAGUGAUCUGGAUGAAGAAUAAGAUCACCAUCUUAGAUGACCCACGCUACCGCAUGUUCAGCAACCAAGGAGUAUGCACUCUAGAGAUCAGGAAGCCAAGCCCCUAUGAUGGCGGCCUAUACACUUGCAAGGCCAUAAAUGACCUGGGAGAGGCCCAAGUGGACUGCAAGCUGGAGGUCAAAGUCCAAACUCAAGAAUUGUGAAUGUAUGUUCUCAUAUAAGGAGGAUUCACCUUCUACGAGCUGAUGCAACGCGGAGUACCCCUACACUUGAUUGACAAAUACAUGAAUGAAUCAAAGCUUGUUGAGCAAGAGAAGUAACAUCAUAGUGCAAUAAGACACUUUAGGUUUGCAGAUGUCUGCCGCCACUAGUGAUCUUCUCUCACCUGAUGAGGUCAGCGGCCUGAGGAUGGAUGGAGGGAUGGCAAGACGAGUGGAAAGCAUGUGUGGUGGAGGGUGUGCCGGGUCUGUGGUGUGGCAUGCUGUGUGCAGAUUUGGAGCUAGUUACCAUAGGGAAAAGCCAGUUCAUCUUCUUUGUCACCCUCUUGUGUUUGAAACAGUCUGUGUCAGCUCAGAUGCAUGUUGGCAGUGUUUUGGCUCUAGCUUUGAUAAGCAGUGUGUACAAAAAUAUACAAAACACAUAUAGCACAAACUGUAACACACUUUCACAGCUGUAUUGAUUUUUGCUACGAGUACUUGCUGAAGGUGAUGAUUUCUGAUGUGAAAGCAGGACAAAGGAAAUGUACGUAUAAAUAAAAGUCUGGAAUCU